GGACAUAUGGAAAAUCCCAAAUCGGAAUUGAAUCUGCCAUUGUGUAUGUCUUGCUGCUGCUUUUGGUCUCGUCUCUCUCCCUUUCCCUCUCUCUCUCUCUUUCUCUCUCUUCCUCUCGCUUCUUGUUCUCUGGUUGGCUUGUUGGCCUAAACCUAAAACAUAAAGGAGGCGCAGGCCCGCACUCAGAGAGAAGAUGGAUUUGGAUCAAUGGAUUUCAAAGGUCAAAGAAGGGCAGCAUCUCUUGGAAGACGAGCUUCAGCUUCUCUGCGAAUACGUAAAAGAGAUACUCAUUGAGGAGUCAAAUGUCCAGCCUGUUAAUAGUCCAGUCACUGUUUGCGGUGAUAUACACGGUCAAUUCCAUGAUCUUAUGAAACUUUUCCAGACAGGAGGUCAUGUGCCAGAGACAAAUUAUAUUUUUAUGGGUGAUUUUGUUGAUCGAGGGUACAACAGCCUUGAAGUCUUCACAAUCCUUCUGCUCCUUAAAGCAAGAUUCCCAGCUAACAUUACUCUUUUGCGUGGAAAUCAUGAAAGUAGACAACUAACUCAGGUCUAUGGCUUUUAUGAUGAAUGCCAGAGGAAGUACGGAAAUGCUAAUGCGUGGCGGUAUUGCACAGAUGUUUUUGAUUAUCUAACACUUUCCGCUAUUAUCGAUGGAACUGUACUUUGUGUGCAUGGUGGUCUUUCGCCUGAUAUUCGAACCAUUGAUCAGAUAAGGGUCAUAGAAAGGAAUUGUGAGAUUCCCCAUGAGGGGCCAUUCUGUGAUCUCAUGUGGAGUGAUCCGGAAGAUAUUGAAACAUGGGCAGUUAGUCCACGUGGAGCAGGUUGGCUGUUUGGAUCAAGGGUCACAUCUGAGUUUAACCACAUCAACAAUCUAGAUCUGGUUUGUAGAGCUCACCAGCUUGUACAGGAAGGUUUAAAGUACAUGUUUCAAGACAAAGGCCUCGUAACUGUGUGGUCUGCACCAAAUUAUUGCUAUCGUUGUGGGAAUGUAGCUUCAAUAUUGAGCUUCAAUGAAAAUAUGGAGAGGGAGGUGAAGUUUUUCACUGAAACAGAGGAGAACAACCAGAUGAGAGGGCCAAGGACGGGUGUCCCUUAUUUUUUAUAAGCUGAAGGGCACUAUUUCCAGCUUUGCUUGUGAAAAUUAUUUCGGUUGAAUGAUUUAUUGUUGACAAUGAGGUGAUUGGGGAAGUUUGUAAAGGGGGAAGCCUAAAAUAUGUCGUCCGAUAGGUGUAGAUCUUUUACUGCAUGGGCUGAAAGUGGAGUCUCACCGUCUGUUGGGCCGCUUUUGGAAUUUAGGGCUUCCGCAUUAGGCUGAUUUGUAUCCUAUUUAUUUUACUUGUUCUUUUUUAUUCUGAUAUAUUUCUGAACAGUGAACACUCAACUAUAAUCAUAUGUUCUUUUUGCCAUGACCUA